UUUUUUAUAAAGGAAAAAUUGAAAGAGAAAAAACCUGCCUCUACUGAGGCACUAAAUCAAAGUCUUCAGGCAAUGCAUACAGCUGGGUGCUUAAGUCUAGCUGACAUUGUGGAAGGCAAGUAUAUCUUUAUCCUACGCUGUAGUUCUUUAAUUCAGAAUAUAGUAUUGUCAUAGGAUUCCUUACUAUGUUUUUGGUUUAAGUUUUUUUUUUUAUUAGAGAUUAGAUGACAUAAAUUCUUUGCAUUUGAGUGUUUGUAAUCGCUUUGAUAGGUGGUAAUUUUGAUUUUGCCCAAACUGUAAUGGAUGUUGUCUAUUGCAAAUAUUAAGACAGCUGUAAAAAAUAAAGUUCCUCUUGUACGGUCAUCAACUCUUAACUGGGUAACAUUCUGUAUUGAAACAAGUAACAAGGCUGUUAUUUUAAAGGUGCACAAGGACUAUGUGCCUAUCCUUAUGGAGUGCCUCAAUGAUGGGACUCCAGAUGUGAGGGAUGCAGCCUUUUCAGCUUUGGCAGCGAUAGCUAAGUUGGUUGGUAUGAGACCCUUGGAGCGGUCACUUGAGAAACUUGAUGAUGUUAAAAGAAAGAAGCUUUCUGAAACAAAACAGAAACAGAACAUCUUCCUAACCCAAUAAGUAGCUUUAAAAAUCGAUGCUUUCUGAAUGGAGCUUUUUAAUUUCAGUACUUUUAUAUGUCAAAUGCCUUUGCUUAUUGCUGUCUUUGGUUUAGUUUAGUUUGCUGUUCACUUUACUUGGUUGUUUAUGUGAUACUCAUGCUAGUUGCUUCUAUCUUUUUUAUUACUGGAUUUUACUGGUUUCUCUUAGGAUGGGGAUUUUACUGGGUGGUGGAUAACUUAUGGCUAUCUAGAAGUUGUUUUUGCUUUUUUUUUUCUUGAUGCAUUUACCAGUUGGGUAAGCAGGGUCUU